AUGGCGCAAACUGUUGACAUUAAAGCAUUGAAAGAUACUAAGAUCUUCGAACCGAUACGAAUUGGUGAUCAUACUUUAUCCAACAGAGUUGUGUUUGCACCAACCACGAGAAGGAGAGCAUUAGAUGACCAUACACCAUCUGAUUUGCAACUCAAGUACUAUAGUGACAGAUCUGAAUAUGCAGGUUCUCUUUUGAUAACUGAGGGCACAUUCGUGUCGGAAGAAGCUGGACUUUAUACAAAUGUGCCCGGAAUUUGGAAUCAGAAGCAAGAACAAGCAUGGAGGAAAAUCACCGAUAAGGUUCAUGAAAACGGUUCUUACAUAAGCUGUCAGCUUUGGAACUUGGGAAGGACUGCUGAUCCUGUCUUGUUAAAAGAACGUGGUUAUGACUUCGUUUCGAGUUCAGUAGUAUACACUAGUGAGGAUUCCAAAAGGGUGGCCGAGGAGUCCUGGAAUCCUCUUAGAGCUCUUAAGACUGAGGAAAUUGAAAAAAUGGUAAACGAAACUUACGUUAAUGCUGCAGAAAGGGCUAUAAAGGCGGGAUUCGAUUAUAUUGAAUUGCAUUGUGCGCAUGGCUAUCUCUUAGAUCAAUUUCUCCAACCGUGCUCAAAUAAGAGAACUGAUAAAUAUGGUGGUAGUAUCGAAAAUCGUGCUAGAGUAGUCUUAGAGAUUGUCGAUAAACUUAUAGAAACAGUAGGAUCUCAUAGAAUCGGUCUUAGGAUCUCGCCGUGGGCUAAAUUCCAAAAUAUGCUUGCUGAAAAAGAUGAGGUGCAUCCAAUAACGACGUUCAGCUAUCUAUUACAUGAGCUACAGAGAAGAGCUGACAAAGGGAAUGAGUUGGCUUAUAUAUCUAUUGUCGAACCUCGUGCUCAAGGAUCACUUGCGGAAAAUCGUGUGCAAGUAGACGAAGCCGUAGAACCUUCGAAGAUUGGAGGCGACAAUUCUUUUGUAUACAACGUUUGGAAAGGGGCGGUAUUGAGAACGGGAAAUUAUACAUACGAUGUUCCCAACUUCUUUUGUGCGUUGGCUGACAUUGAAGAUGAUCGUACCUUGAUUGGAUUUUCAAAGUUUUACACUUCGAACCCGGACUUUGUUCACAGAUUAAAGGAAGGCUUACCUCUCAAUCAUUAUGACAGGAGUACAUUUUAUGCCAAAUCUAAUUGGGGAUAUAAUACCUUCCUUAGAUAUGGAGAAAGGGCCCAAAUCCAAAGAGAGAUACAAGAGGCCAAGUUUCCUACUAUAUCAGCUGAAAGCUCUUGA